AUGAGGAUGCUCCUCUUUCUCUUUGCUCUUCUCUGCCUUCUGGCCCCAGCCAGGAAUGGGUUUUUUGAUGAGAAAUGCUCCAAACUUAACGGGAGGUGCGUGGAUUCUUGUCAGAAAAAUGAAGAACUUGUUGCUCUCUGCCAGAAGUCUCUGAAAUGCUGCCUGACCCUGCAGCCGUGUUGGACGAAUAUAAACGAUUAA